AUGUCAAAUAAUCAACAAUAUGAUACCAAAUGCUUAGAUCAUCCCCACCAAGAUAUUAUUUCAAUAUGCUCAACUUGUCCAAAUAACACUCCUGUAUGUAUUGAUUGUAUUACUGGUAAUCAUAAAGGUCAUGUUUUUGAAAAACUAAGUGAUGUAAAUUUAAGAAAUCAAAUACAACAAGAAUAUAAUAAUCAAACAAUACCAAAACUAAACAACUAUUUAGAAAAUAAUAAAAUAAUAUUGGAUGAAUCAAACAAUCACUUUAAACAAAUUAAAGAAAACCAUACAAUCAAUUUUGAUAAAACAACUGAUAGAUUUAAUCAAUUAAAAAAUAUUAUCAAUGCAAAAGAAAAUGAUACCAAAAGAUUAUUAAUAACUAAAUUAGACGAAAAUAUAGAUGUAAAUAAUAUAAUAACAACAACAAUAGAAAACUAUAAUAAUAAAAUUAAUAAUGCUAUUAAAUAUAAUAAUGUUAUUUAUAAUAAUAUAGAUAAUAUAAAUAAUGAUAUUGGGUUUAUUGAACUUUUAAAACACAAUCAUCAAUGUAACAAUCUUUUAUCAAAAAUAAAUAAUAAUAACUUGCCAGAAUAUAAAGAUACUCAAUUAAUUAUUCAAGAAAAUAAUCUCGACUCAAUCAUAGAUCUAACAAACAACUAUUUAGAAGUAGUUGAUAUUCCUUUAGUUAAAAAAGAUUUAAAGACACUAGAAACAUUAUAUUUUGAUUUUACGAUUUACGAAGAGGGGUGCGAUAUUCGUGAUUUAAAAACUAGUUGCCUUGCAAUUGGACCUAUCCAACGUUUACCCAAAAAUAUUCCAGCAACAGUUACAGAUUUAUUAUUAUUAGAUUACUAUAAUCAACCACUUAAUUUUAUACCACCCACCGUACAAUACUUGCAUUUACAAAACAUCAAGUAUCAAUUAACACUUGAUUCAAUUCCAAAAACAGUUACAGAAAUAUCUUUGCUUGAUGGCUUUGAUCAACCACUGAAUUUUAUACCACCCACCGUAAAAAAGUUGUAUUUACAAAACAUCAAGUAUCAAUUAACACCUGGUUCAAUUCCAAAUCAUUUAGCCAAUCUUGUACUUGAUAAUGGUUUCUCUCAACAUUUUACAAAAGGUAUUAUCCCUGACUCUAUACCUAAUAUUUUUAUAGGUGAUGUGGUCUAUCCUUUAGAACCUGAAUCCAUUUCAAACUCUAACCAAAGAAUUGAAUAUAAAAUAGAUAAUAAUAAAAUUAAUAAUGCUAUUAAUAAUAAUAAUGAUAUUAGUUCUACUGAGAUUUUAAAUGAUUUAUCAAAUAUAAAUAAUAAUAACUUACCAGAAUAUAAAGAUAACCAAUUAAUAGUUAAAGAAAAUAUUCUCGAGUUAAUCAAAGAUCUAUUAAACAGCUGUAUAGAUGUAGUUGAUGAUAUUCCUAUAGUUAAAAAACAUUUAAAAACACAAAAAUUUUUAAAUAAAGAGUUCACAAUUUACGAAGAUGGGUAUGAUAUUAAUGAUUUAAAUAUUAGAAGACUUGCUAUUGGACCUAUCCAACGUUUACCCGAAACUAUUCCAGCAACUGUUACAGAAUUAUUAUUACUUGAAGGCUUUAAUCAACCACUUGAUUUUAUACCACCCACCGUAGAAUACUUGUAUUUAUAUAACAUCAAGUAUCAAUUAACACCUUAUCCAAUUUCAUCAACAGUUACACAUUUAUAUUUACUUGAUGGCUUUGAUCAACCACUUAAAUUUAUACCACACACCGUACAAUACUUGUAUUUAUAUAACAUCAAGUAUCAAUUAACACCUGAUUCAAUUCCAUUAACAGUUUUAGAUUUAUCUUUGCUUGAUGGCUUUAAUCAACCACUUAAUUUUAUACCAUGCACCGUACAAUGGUUGUAUUUAGAUAACAUCAAGUAUCAAUUAAAAUCUGACCCAAUUUCAGGAAACGUUUCAUAUUUAUAUUUACUUGAUGGCUUUGAUCAACCACUUGAUUUUAUACCUGGCACCGUAAAAGAUUUGCAUUUACUUAACAUCAAGUAUCAAUUAACACCUUAUUCAAUUCCAGCAACAGUCAAAGUAUUAACUUUACAUGAUGGCUUUGAUCAACCACUUAAUUUUAUACCACCCACCGCAAAACACUUGUGUUUAUAUAACAUCAAGUAUCAAUUAAAACCUGAUUCAAUUCCAACAACAGUAACACAUUUAUGUUUACAAGAUGGCUUUGAUCAACCACUUAAUUUUAUACCACCCACCGUACAAAACUUGCUCUUACGUAACAUCAAGUAUCAAUUAACACCUGAUUCAAUUCCAGAAACAGUUACACAUUUAACAUUACUAGAUGGCUUUAAUCAACCACUUAAUUUUAUACCACUCACCGUACAAAAACUGUCCUUACGUAAUAUUAAAUAUCAAUUAAUACCUGGUUCAAUUCCAAAUCAUUUAACUAGUCUUGUGUUUGAUCAUGGCUUCUCUCAACGUUUUAUAAAAGGUAUUAUCCCUGACUCUAUAACUUAUAUUUAUAUGUGCGAUGUGCCAGAAAAUCGUACUUUAUCUGAAAUCAUCUACAGAAAUUUUAAAAAAUAA